GUACCUGAAAGCAACAGGAGGAUCGGGACCAAUUUCGAGCUCAAGAGCGGGACCGGGAUCAGUUUGAGGAUGUCUGGAGUGGAGGAUCGCGAGGAGGCUGACUGCGUGUGCUCCUUCGGCAUGAAGGCCACUUGGGACAUCAACGACCCCAAACUCCCGCAGGACACAAAGCAGUUUGACGCCUUCCAAGAGUGGACGGAUGGCUACGUGCGUUACAUCUACAGCGCCGAGGACAAGAACGCGCAACGCCACCUGUCGGGCUGGGCCAUGAGGAACACCAACAACCACAACUGCCAGAUCCUGAAGAAGUCGUGCUUGGGCGUGGUGGUUUGCGCUCGAGGUUGUGCGCUGACCGACGGUUCCCGACUUCAACUGCGGCCCGCCAUCUGCGAUAAGGCGCGGCAGAAGCAGCAAAAGAAACUUUGUCCCAGUUGCAGCGGCGCUCUGGAGCUUCUCCCAUGUCGAGGGCACAGUGGGUACCCCGUCACCAACUUCUGGAGGGUGGAUGGAAAAGCCAUCUUCUUUCAGGCCAAAGGGGUUCACGACCACCCUAGACCAGAGUCCAAGUCCGAGACAGAGGCCAGAAGAAGUUCGGUAAAAAGACGAGUAAGCUCGCCGCCGUUUGCACCAAAAAGACGUCUCGUGGAGUCCCAGGCUCUCGGCCCUGCCCUUCUUUCCUGCGUGGAGUCUGCAGACCGGAUCUCCUUUAUUGAGCCGAGCUUCCCUCAGCAUUACCCGGCAUUCCAAAGUACGGAUCCGUACUACAACCACCACCACCACCAUCACCACAAUGCGCUGGGAGAGACUUCGGCCAGCCUGCAAAAGACAGCCAGUCCCAGACUCUACGUGGGUCGAAGCGGCUACGAGUUCCAAGGCUACCUGACCUCACCGUCUUAUCCAGUCACCUCAGAACUCUGCGAUCCGAGGGUGGCUCCGGUUCUCAGUGGUCCCGCGUCCUCGGCGUCCGCUCCCAUCUCCACGUCCUCCUCAUCCUUCGAUCCGCCGCUGCCAAAAGCGGGCUGGAAGGAUCUCCUGAAGACUUCCACUCCCUACGGCGACAACCCCCAUUAUUACAGUUCGGACUAUCCGUGCCGCUACCCAGGAAACCCCCCGGCUUCUCCGGCAGCACUGCAGACCAUCAUCACCACCACGACCAAAGUGUCGUAUCAACCGUGUCCGAAGGGCGCCGCCUACCAGUCAUGCCCCAAAGUUCAGUCCGGGCUCCCCGGCUGCUCGUCCCUGCCGGACGAGUCGUCGUCAGCGUACUCGGCCCAAGUCAAGGUGACGGACGAGUCGGGCGGAGUCAUCAAGUCUCUUUCAUUUCAGCCUGAAGUGGUGCAGACCAAAACGGAGCGGGCCGACGCCUACGACUAUCGCUACGGCUACGGCAACACGUUCCGCUACGACGACUACUGAUCUCGCUAACCUCCCGUGGCGACUCAGAUGGCGAUGGCAAGCUUUGGGGAAGUCACAUUUGCUUUUGAGCUCCCCGCAGAACAACAUGAACAAAGUCAAGCAAAACAUUUCAUCCUGGGGACAAAAGUGUAGCCAGAAUAUUUUUGCUCUUCAGACUCAUCAGAUGGAUUUCCAAUGUCUUGAGUGAAUUGAUCAACCACUUACUUUCAUUUCCUGUGAGCGGCAAGCCUGUCAAUCAUCAAAGACAUGUCAAGCCUCA